AUGCGGCUGAUCAACGCUCAGACUCUCGCAGUGGAAUAUUUCGACGAUGACAAGAUCCCCCAAUACGCAAUCCUCUCUCACAGAUGGGAAGAGGGUGAGGUGCUGUUCGAGGAUACAAAGGAUGGCUACGCCAAGCAGAAGCGAGGCUAUGCAAAAGUUUGCAACUCGGCUAGGCAGGCACUGCGUGACGGACUUCAAUACAUCUGGAUCGAUACUUGCUGCAUCAACAAAGACAGCAGUGCUGAACUCUCGGAAGCUAUCAACUCUAUGUACGGAUGGUACAAGAAUGCGACCAAGUGCUACGCUUAUCUGUCGGACGUUAUGUUGCCACCAGACGAGAUCGAGAUUGGCAACAGCUUCGAACUAAGCGCAUGGUUUACUCGAGGAUGGACUCUACAGGAGCUAAUCGCCCCAAGUGAAGUAAGCUUCUUUGACCGUUUGUGGAGGUUCAUUGGAACAAAGGACUCGCUUCUGGAGCGUAUCACGACCAUAACGGGCAUUCAACGAGAGGCUCUGUCAGGGUAUGAUCUGCGAUAUUUCUCUGUUGCACAGCGGAUGGCUUGGGCGUCAAGCAGAAUCACCACGCGGAAGGAGGAUAUUGCGUACAGCCUUUUAGGGAUUUUUGAUGUCAAUAUGCCAAUGCUGUAUGGGGAAGGAACAAAAGCAUUCAUGAGACUUCAAGAGGAGAUCAUCAAGCGAGAUUCUGACCACUCCGUCUUCGCUUGGACUGGCGACGCAUCAACGCUACCUUUCCUAGCAGAUUCGCCAAAGUUGUUCAAACAUUGUCAUGACAUCGGCUGGGGUCGCUCGUACCUUCACAAAGACACGCCAUACUCUAUGACGAACAUGGGUUUGGAUAUUGAACUACCGCUUAUCCCCUGGUCAAUGUUUAUCUAUCUUGCGCUUCUACGGUGCCGCGAUAUGACUGAGGGCAGUUUGAUCGGUAUUUUCAUCCACUACGACCCGCUAUUGGGCCAAUACCGGCGGACCUCGUUCCAUGGAAGAUACAUUGAAUAUCUGAAGCCAGAUUUGAGUCGCCGAUUGCGGGGGGCGGCCGUAGGGGCGUUCGAAAUGAGCCAAAGGCUACUGAUCCGAACUGAUAAACCCGCCAACGAUCCAAGGGACGAGAUGUAUGGCUUUUGUCUGGGCCAAUGUUUGGUAAUGGACACUCAUUUGGAGAAUUCGAAAAUGCUAGAAGUUUAUGCGCGGAAAUGGGAUUCUCGAGACAGAAUCAUGGAGCUGCCGGAAGGACGGUGUGGGACAGUGGGUGUGCUCGUUUUCCGACAGCCGCCGCCAUGCACGCCCGCUUGUCUUGCGAUAAAACUUGGAUUCGAUCGCCUCUUCAAGCCUGUCUGCUUGGUCUGGCUCACUCAAAGUGAACCGCCACGGUGGACAUCGCAGGAGGCAAAGGUGCUUGACGAGAGACAGCUUGGCCAAAUCCUUGACUCUUCUUGGAUACUUCAACCGGAGCCUUCGCACUUCAACGUCAAGGAAUUCGAAGAUAUUGGAUUUGAGUCAGUCGAUAACUUGUCCCGGAGUCAUGAUGGCAGCACGAGAUUUCUUAAGCGAGGCCCUGGUGGUAGCUAUUUGAAUUACUUUCGGAUCUAUCAGUACGAUGUCUGUGUCGAUUUUCUCUGGGAGUCAAUAAACGGCCGAGAUGGAUAUACUGUCAAAAUAUGGGUCGGUCUAGCUUAG